AUGGGUGUGGAUGGGAAACCUAAACCGAAUUGGCUCUACAAUCUUCAUGGACUUGGACAAGAGUUCAAAUGCGAGAUAUGUGGGAACAAUACCUACAAGGGAAGAAGAGCUUUUGAGAAACAUUUCAAAGAACCGCAACACCAACAGGGUAUGAGUUGCCUUGGAAUCCCGAACACAAAAAGCUUUAACGAAAGCACCUCGAUCGAUGAAGCCAAAGUACUGUGGAAGAGGAUACAAGAGAGGCAAGGAGUGAAGAAAUGGAGACCGGAACUCGAAGAAGAAUACGAAGAUCGUGAAGGUAACAUUUACAACAAGAAGACUUACUCUGAUCUUCUACGUCAAGGUCUCAUCUGA